AUGAAUCAAAGAAACAGCUGCUUUUCAAAUUUUGGCUCUUUCAGGAAAUUUAGCUCCUCCACUGAAGAUGCCUUUAGGAGAUUUCGCAGUUUUGCCAAUGGCGAACAAUUUACCAAGCGAUUUGUCGAUUCAUCCUUACAAUAUACAGUUUCUGUCGCAUAUUCACCGAAAGAUAGAUUAAAAAAUAAUAUGUCCGAUGAUGAUGCAUUGAAUGCGAAGAAUGUUUAUGAAUCUCCUACUGGUGAAGACAAUUAUAUCUUAGCAUAUACUGAAAUUGGGAUCAUAAUAGGUGUUUUGGACGGUGUUGGAGGCUGGUCCGAACAAGGGUUCGACUCAAGUGCAAUAAGCAGAGAACUUGCCAAUAAAGUUACUAUAUUCUAUCUUGAAAAUCCUUCCUCGUCGCCAUUAGAAAUACUACAAAAAUCUUUUGCAGCAGUGAAGGAAGAAGGUACAGUAAAAGUAGGCUCAACUACAAUCUGUUUUGGGAUCAUUGAUGGAAGGACUGGUAAACUAUCCGCAUUGAACUUGGGUGACUCUUGGUUUGGCAUUUUUCGUAAGGAUGAAAAUUCCAGAUACAAAUGUACCCACCAGUCUGUUGAACAAGUGUAUUAUUUUAACGCACCAUACCAACUUUCAAUAAUACCUGAUGAUUUCUUAGAAAUUGCCAAAAAGAGGGGUUCUAAGUAUUUGAUGAAUGAGCCUGAUGAGUCUGAAGAAUACUCAUAUGAAUUAAAGAGUGGAGAUAUCAUUGUGUUUACCACCGAUGGGAUGGUAGAUAACGUUUUCCCAGAUGAUAUUGAAAUCUAUUUGAAUGAUAACGCCAGCGAAGGCGUUAAUUUGUCGGAGAGCUUAGGAUCUUUGAAUAAGAUUUUAGUUCAACAAACAACAGUUUUGAGUUUAAACACAAAUUUCAAGAGUGCCUUUUCACAGAAGUUAAGUUCUCUUACAGGUCAGGAUUAUAUUGGGGGGAAACCAGACGACAUUACUUCAGUUAUGGUUUAUGUUAAAUAGUUCGUUAUAUAUUCUCGUAUAUACUUUAUAUAUCAGCACAAGCAAUGUCAAGUAACAUUUUUUUGGAAAAUAAAACAAUCCUCGGCAGUUAGUCGAACUUUUAAAUGCAUUUUCAUUAAAGCAAAUCAGACUCGAAACACCCUAAAGGUGAUACCAUCUUUAAAUGGUAAAUACACUUUUCAGGUUCUGUAACUACCAAAAUUUCUUGUUUUGUUCCGCAUAAAACGUCGACAACAGCUUCUCUUACUGGUCCAUUCCAGCAUCUCUCCCCUCUUUUGAAUAUAAAUUGAUAAUUAUUAGUCUCUUCAGAAAAGAUGAGAUCUUCAAAAACACCAAUUUUGGUUCCACGCCCGUCACUGUUUAUUUGCUCCAACACUGAAGUC